CGGUCGGAGUGUUCUCGUUUUUGUAUUGACUUGAAAUUUGACAGCUAACAUUGCAAUUUUCAAACCAUGUCUCUACUUUUUUCUGUCGUAUCGUGUAUUCUGUGAAACAUUUCCUUAUCAACUCGUUCAUAUAAUUAUUCCAAUCGAGAAUCAUACAGAUCGACGGUCGCGUGUCGCGAAAUUGAAAUCGUAGAGGUUAACAAUAAGAAAUCGAAGGGUGAAGGCGGUUGAAAACGAUCACGAUGCCGGCAGACGCGGAGCUCAGUAAUCUGCUUAGCAGGAGGCAGAGGAUCAACGACGAGCUCGAGGAAGGGAAAGAGGUGAAAAAGCAGUACAAAUUCGUGAACGUUUACACCGAGUUCCACGAAUUGUCCCGUCGCGAGAUCAAGCAGUACGAGCAGACCUUCAACAGGUUCGAUGCCGGUCACGAUGGAUUCCUCGAUUUGUCGGAGCUAAAACGCAUGAUGGAAGUGUUAGGAGCGCCACAGACGCACCUCGGUUUGAAGGCAAUGAUACAGGAAGUGGACGAGGAUGGCGAUGGACGGAUUUCCUUCCGCGAGUUCCUACUGAUCUAUCGCAAAGCACACGCCGGUGAAUUAGAACAAGAUUCAGGGUUGGGCCAACUUGCCCGUCUUACAGAAGUCGAUGUCGAUGAAGUAGGAGUAACAGGAGCUAAACACUUCUUCGAGGCUAAGAUCGAGCAGCUACGGAAGGCAAGCAAAUUUGAAGACGAAAUUCGUAUGGAGCAGGAGGAACGAAAGCGAGAAGAGGAAGAAAAGGCAGCGAGGCGAGCGCAAUUCAGGCAGAAAGCAGCUCUGUUUGGCAAUUGAAAGGGAAAUUCAUCGAUCGAAAGUGCCGAGCUCCUACUAUACUUUAGCGGAAUUAUAAAUGAUCCACUUAAAUCGAUUCGUUAGUUUCGUACAGAAAUUCAGUGACCAAAAGUAUUGCGUAGAUCAACUAUAGUUUCGUAAUCGUGUAACGAAAAGAAAAUUUUUUUAUCCUCGUUUAUCUUAAGUUUGCCGAAUAUAUUUUUAAAAAGCCGAU